UUUCUGUCUUUUGCAGACUUGAGGUGCUCUGUGGAGGAUGUGCUGCCCAGUCUAAGAGAAGAAAAUGUCACUGUUUUCAUUUUGGAUGACAAGUGUACCACAGAAAGCAUUGGGAAAGAUGAGAUUCAAGCUGCAUCUGACCAGCCAUUACCUCGAUCCCUCCGAUCGCACGUUACCUUCAAAACCCCCUUUACCUAUAUCUAUACAUCUGGAACAACAGGAUUACCCAAAGCUGCCAUCAUCACUCACGCUCGGGUACAUCGCAUGGUCUCCUUCAUUAUAACUUGUGGUAUCCAAAGCAAUGAUGUGAUUUAUACCACUCUGCCUCUUUACCACAGUGCUGGUUCCAUAAUUGGAAUUUGUGGCAGCAUUUACGCAGGGGCAACUGUUGUCUUGCGCCAUAAGUUUUCUGCCAGCCAGUUCUGGGAUGACUGCCGGAAGUAUGAUGUGACUGUUAUCCAGUACAUUGGGGAGGUGUUACGCUAUCUCUGCAACAGUCCAAAGAAAAGCAACGAUAGGGAUCACAAGGUGAGGAUGGCUUUGGGGAAUGGUGCACGGCCAGAUAUCUGGAAAGAGUUUUUAAAUCGUUUUGGAAAUAUCCAAGUUUGUGAGUUUUAUGGUGCCACGGAAGGAAAUGUUGGCUUUUUUAACAAUACCGGCAAAAUCGGUGCGUUGGGGAGGAUCAGCGUUUUGACCAGGAUGUUCAUGCCGUUUCACCUGGUUAAAUAUGAUGUUGACCGGGAAGUACCUGUACGAGAUGCCAAUGGUCAUUGCAUUGAAGUUGCUAAAGGAGAGACUGGACUUCUCAUCGCGAAAAUUACAGCCAAAUCCCCGUUCAUUGGGUAUGCAGGGAAUAGCGCCCUAACCAAUCAGAAGCAUCUGAGAGAUGUGUUUUGCAAAGGAGACUUUUACUUCAACAGUGGAGACCUCAUGAUGCUUGACAAUGACAAUUUCAUCUACUUCAAAGACAGAAUUGGAGACACAUUCAGAUGGAAAGGGGAGAAUGUAUCCACCACUGAGGUGGCUGAUAUUCUGUCGGUGCUGGAUUUUAUUCAGGAAGUCUGUGUUUACGGAGUGACUGUUCCAGGUAUGAGACAUACUGUGUAACAGAUAUCUCAAAUCAUCUACUUUGUGAACAAACUAACCCUUCACCACUCUGUGUCCUUGCAAACAUCCCAGCUCCAAGCUCCCUUUCCCCUCUGGUUUCUAGCUGUGCCACUCCCUCCCAAAUCCAUUCCCAUCCUUCCCAAAACUCUCAUGUUUGAAUUAGUCCAAUCAGGUUUCUGCUCCUGCCACUUUACUGAAUAACUUUGAACAAAGUCACAGAUAAUAUCCUUCCAUGAUUGGUGAACUUUCCCUCCUUUAUCCUUUCCAACUUUUUUGUAGCCUAUCUCACAGGUAUCACUCAGUCCUCCUCCAACUCCUCUCCAUUCUCAACUCUUUGUGUUCCCUGGGGUGGAGGAGUCCAGAACUGGAGGGCAUAGGUUUAGAGUGAGAGGGGAAGAUAUAAA